CAGGAGUUUCCCACAAUGCAGCGCGGCGCGCUGUCCCCGGUGCUGAUGCUCAGCGCUUCCCCGGAGCCUCCACCGCGCCCGCCUCCCGCCCUUUCCCCGCCGGGCCCCGGCUCAGCGCCUCGCCAUGGCUCUGCUCGGUCGGGUCCUGCCCCAGAGCCGUCUGGGGGCCUGGCUGCGGCGCUCGACAGCAGCCUGCGGGCUGCCGUGGCGUUCAAGGCGGAGGGUCAGCGUUGCUACCGAGAGAAGAAGUUCCGAGAAGCCAUUGGCAAGUACCACCGGGCACUGCUGCAGCUGAAGGCGGCUCAAGGGGCCCGCCCUGGCGGUCUGCCCACCCCCUCCCCGGGACCCACCACCAGCCCGGGGCCCGCCCGCCUCAGCGAGGAGCAGCGGCGCCUGGUGGAGAACACAGAGGUUGAAUGUUACGACUCCCUCACUGCUUGCCUCCUGCAGUCGGAGCUGGUGAACUAUGAGCGGGUGCGUGAGUACUGUCUCAAGGUGCUGGAGAAACAGCAGGGCAACUUCAAGGCCACCUAUCGUGCCGGCAUUGCCUUCUACCACUUGGGUGAUUAUGCACGUGCGCUGCGCUACCUACAGGAGGCCCGCAGCCGAGAGCCCACAGACACCAAUGUUCUCCGCUACAUCCAGCUGACUCAGCUGAAGAUGAACCGUUGCAGCCUCCAGAGGGAAGACAGUGAUGGUGGCACUGGAGGCCCAGCUCGGAAAGUCGUGGGCUGAGGCCAAGGGGCAGCCUCUACCUUAGUCCCUCCAACCUCACCAGGCACCUUCCCCCGACUCAUUCAUUUACUGGUAAAGCACCUGCCACUGGCGCCUCCUUUGUGUGGUCUUAUUGUGGGGCUGAGGAGCAGAUCUAUACCUAGCAGUCACUUCCUCAGGAAUCCAGAGGCGCGGGGAGGAAAUGUAGGGUUUAAGGGUGUCCCACUGUGGGGUAAAUCAGCAUCAGGGCCCAGGUAGGGGAAGCACACAGCCAAGCUUGGUAGGGGGCAGGGGUUACCUUUAAUGCUGCGUUUUGUGCCAGAUCCCCCACAAUGUCCUGUCCCUGAGUAUCCCUGCCCACCC